GAUGACGAGAAGCAUCAAAGACUUCGCUCGUCGAAUCGUGAACCGAACCUCGCGCCCCUUUGCUUGCUGCUGAUCCUCGCUGCAGAGGAGCAUGUUGGGCGCAGCUCCAAAAAGCUACACCAGCAUAAUGACGACCAGCGGGACUGCGAUCGAGCAGUCGCCAUCGCAUGCUUACUCGUCAUUGUGGGCCUUCCUAUGCAUGCAUGUACCAUAUAGCGCUGCUGUCGGGAAGGGGUGCAAGGUGCACUUCGAGACUGAACGAGCGAGAGCAAGGAGCAAGCUAAGCCGCCUACAUCGAGCCCAAUCGCGAGAGUCCAUCAAUCGACCAGGAGCGCAAGCCUCACGCUCAUCAAUCGGCGUUGUGUUCCAGUUCGGGGCAAUCUCCACCACGACUGCAUGGACCCAUCCCGAGCACGCGAUUGCCUUUCGAUCAUGUUCUGCCCCUCAAUUUUAUAGCGGCAUGUGCGCUCACCGAGCGCAUCUGACUUUGUCUGGUAGGUCUUCCGCACGUGUUCGCAAGAGGAGUCAGGAGGUCCAGCUGCGUAACUCUAGCAUCGAACCCGUCUUGGCCUUCACGGCCACAAGCUCGGGUGAAUCGCGACGCUGAAUGGCCAUUUCAUCGCGGGUUGUGUCUGAGCGGAGCUUACAACAGCAAGCUUCCAGAACAGUCUUGAGGUUUCCCAUACUCAUGCCAGCAAAGCGGCGACAGGAGAUCGCAUAUUGUCCUCAGUCCAAAGCGCACAGAGGCAACACAGAUCGGAAUCACAAGCUCGGGCAAUCUCGUAGCAAUGACAAGAUGUCGUCGUGAUUGCAGCGCCAUGGAAGCUAGACUUUAAUGUACCAGGAGGACUGCGAGGCGGAUGUCAGAGAGAGAGAUCGGGCGAUUG